AUGUCGGCGAGCAAGAACCCGGAUGCCAUGACAUCCGCCCAGGGCGAGUUCAGGAGCAAAGUAGCGCCAUCAGAGCCGCUGACAACCAAGGGGCAUGCGCCCGGCACAAAGGUCGGCAAGGACCACCUCCCGGAAUUCCACGCCGAAACCCACCCGCCCGGCACCGCACCCGCGAGCCGGACCUUCCAGCCACAGCCGGUUAACGAAACCGUGCCGUCAGGAGGCGCCGUGCCGGCGGCCUCGGACACAUUGCCAGGGGCGACGUCGGCGGACGUGCAUCGGGGGCUCGGACACCCGGGCCAGGGCAUGACUAGCCAGGAGCUGCACGGGGGAAAGCGAAAGAAGGACGGCGCGGGGCUCGAGGGCGUGGGCGCCAAUGCGUCGGACCCGGCGCACGAGCGCGGCUUCGAUAGGGACUACGAGACGGGGUAUCGGGGCAAGGCGAGGGAGGACUACCCCGGCGCGGAGGAGAGGGUGCCUGUGUCUGCGGAGCAGGUGGCCAGUGAGAGGCGUUGA